AUGAUGAAUGAGACGGGUCUUCGAAGGGUCCUCCCUGGACAGUCAUCAGGGAGCGCGCACACCUUUGGCACCCCACGCCAUCCGAGCGUGAUUGACCCCAUCCUAUCAAAACGUGUCUGCUUCUACAAAAGUGGAGACCCUCAGUUUAAUGGUCUGCGCAUGGUCAUCAACAACCGCACCUUUAAAACAUUUGAUGCGCUCCUGGACAGUCUUUCUAAAAAGGUUCCUCUGCCAUUUGGAGUGAGGAACAUCACCACUCCUCAUGGGGUUCACGCAGUCUCUACCCUGGAUGAUCUGGAAGACGGGAAAUCCUAUAUCUGCUCUGACAGCCAUAGGGUCAAACCUUUCAACCUGGCACGCGCCAAGAAGAAGCUGCCGCCCUGGUAUCACGCCAGGCCUGCGAGUUCACGCCGCCGAACUGUGAAACAGGCCAGGUUAUUCCCUGGACAGAACAAGAAAGAGCCAGUGGUUCUGCGCACGCCAAAGAAGCUACUGGUUUUUCGCAAUGGAGACCCCAGUGUGAAACACGUAGUGGGACUUUCCAAGAGGACUACAUCUACUUUUGAGUCCAUACUGGAAUAUAUUUCAGAGCAGAUCCAGUUCCAUGUGGUGAAAUUACUCACACCUGAUGGCAAACGCGUGAGUGUUCUCUGACAAUACAGCAAAAUAUGAUUUCACUGCCAAAUAUUUAAACCAAAAAUGUAAACACUUAAACACAGAUAUUUGGGCAUCGUCUUCAAUCUAAAAAAAACACCUCAAAUUCCAAACCACGACCAGAUUUAGACUUAUUAGUCUAACUCUUAAGAUUUUAACACUUUGUUGGGAUGGGCAAUUCCCCAACGUUAGCAUGUUUCAACUCCUUACUAUCGGUUUUAGUCCCUUGUGGUAUCAUGACUGACCCAUAAAACCUUGCUUAAACCUAGCCUUUAAAUAACCGUCACACGAGGAGAGAAAGUGGUAAGCUUCUUUAGCAACUCACCCUAAUACGUAGAAAGGCAUUCUGGGAUACUGGACUGUAAGGCCUUGGUAAAAGCUUUAUUGUAAAAUCAGAGUCUGCCAAAACUACAAGGUAUUUCAAUAAAUUUAGCUAUUCAUUUGUACUUUACCAAUAAUUAAUGGAGGAAAAUGGUAAUUCAAUCACUCCCUAUCUUACCUAGAUUUAAGGAUAGCUGAUUUCUUUUUAGUCCUUGUGUUGGACAAGAUUUGUUCCACUAAAGUGACAAAUGAUUUUAUUUUUCUGUCCACUGCAGGUGGAUGGUCUUCCAGGGCUGAUAUUGUCCUCUGGGACCGUAGUAGCUGCAGGAAGAGAACCAUACAAACCUGCAAACUACGGUGUUCAGAAAUCUCCUGCUCAAACAACGCUGCCUACUAAUCGAAAAAGUGUCAGAAGACUAAAAGCUUUGAACCGUAAGUUUUCUUCUUUCUCAUGAGCACUUUUAUUCCCAUUAACCAGCUCUCAUUCAUACGGCACAUACUGUGUCCACUGUAAUCUUCCUGCACUCAUGGGAUGAAGAGAGUGCUGAGGCUAUGAUAUUAUACAUAAUACCAUAGAUGACCUACAUACACUGUGUGUGUGUGGCUAUGUGCUAUUGUUCUCCAUGAGCUGUAAAAGUUCAACUAUCUUUCUAACUUUUCCUUUGUUUCUCUUUUCAUGCUUUUUGGCUUUCCUCUUCAAAACUACUGCUUGCCGGUCCACUUCAACCCUUGCCUGAUAUCGUUGGACAUUUCCUCUUCAAUCGUUUGACAUGUAAAUCUUCUCUAAAUGGAUGGUUCUUUUUACUAAAUGAAAAGGCAAAAAGAAGUCUCCAUCAAAUGGAUCAAAAUCAAGGCCAUUCUCCCCUUCAUCUGAGAGGUUUAUCGUAAAUCAGAUCCACAACUCCAUUGCAGAAAGUUCAAGUGAGCUACGCAGCUACCCCUCAAACUCUGUGGAUUGGGAGCCAGGUCAUAUGCUGGAGUCGGUGGCAGAGACGGAGGCUGAAACCUGCCUUGGCGAUGGAGUUGAGGGGCAGGGGUGCUUGGUGCCUACAGAUGAUGACAUUGAAAAGUCCUUCAGAGUGAACCAAGAUGGAAGCAUGACGGUGGAGAUGAAGGUGAGGUUGACACUUAAAGAAGAGGAGACCAUUCACUGGACCACCACCUUGACUCGGUCAAGUGUUGGUAAUCUGCUUAAUGAAAAUAGUUUACCACCACCCGAGGAAGAGGAGCUCAGCUCUCAGCGCUUGCUUGAUUUUCAGAGUCCUGUAGCUUCUAUUGACUCAAUCAACAAAGACAAAACUAAGGAUAACGAUGACGACAAUCCACCAACAUCAUGCACUGGAGCCCCCAGCGAGGGAGGUAUUGAAGAGGAUAAUAAUAAAGCACCAAGUCAGAUAGACUUGGUAUCCCCCAAGAGAACUCCCACACCAAGUCACGAGCAAAUCAGAACAAAGCAAACCUCCAUGGAGAGCGUAAAAUCAGUGACAGCUGAUGGGAUUCAAGAAGAUGUGGUUGGUUCUUACUCCUACAGAGAGCAGACAAAACAUGGAGCUAUGACAGAGCAGUACUGCUUAGUUAAGCAGAGCAGCACAAGACCAGUUCCCAAGCCCAGGAGAUUAGGUUCUUUAGAUACCAACAGUAUAAGCAGCAGAAAUGUCUCCUCAUUCAAAUCAUCUGAAAUGUCAGAAGUCCUGAAGGUUGAAUCUAGUGGAGAGGAGGUCACUGAAACUGUCUUACACAUAUAUGAACAGCAGACCUGCCAGGAUAAUUACCUUGCAAACUUUUGUGCACAGGGAACGGCUGCUCCUGGGAUCCCUUUUGGCAGGCCGGCCACCUCAGAAACCAGAUUGUUCACCCCCAAUAAUGAGUCAGAACCUGAUCUCUGGAGGCCAUCCACGGCUUCUGAGUCAAUUAGCCUCUGGAGAGCUGGAAGUGCUUCAAUAACAUCUGAUCUAACCUUGCCCUUGCUUAACACUGGUUCAGCUCCAGAACGAAAUGCUCAGAGAGGAUUCCCAGAGCCUAGCAAAGGCAUAGGCAAGUCCCAGCAAACUGAUGCCAAGAAUAGAAAAGCAGCCUCUAUAAAACCAAAACUGCUCAAGAAACGUGUUCAUCGACUUGUGACACCAAAGAAGAGGCAAAAAAAUAAUUCCUCUGGGGCAACUGAGAUACGUAAGAAAGUGAAAACUUUCUCCAGUGCUGGAUUCUUGAGGAAAAUUUAUGGGACUAAAUCCAAAUCAAAGACCACGAUGAAAGUCAAAAAAGGGCAACAAACCUCAAAUAAAGGGUUGACAUCAAAGAGCUCGCAGCAGUCAGAUGAAACGAUAAAAAAUGUUCUCAAAGAUCCUGAAAGACCUUUGGUAUUAAAUGAAAUUAAGAUGGAGACAGAGAGGAGCAAGCUAAACAUUGCUACCAAAGAAAUAUGUCAACCACGGGGGAUCCUGACACGCCAAGCAUCAAUGUACCAGGAGAGAAGGACUGAAAAUGAAUCUUAUGAUAUUAGCAAAAGCAUGUCAAUGCCUGCUUUCAACUCUUCCAGUGCUUUUACAAAUGAAUAUGUGGAAAACUGGUUAGAGAAAGCCCAAUUUGAAGCCAAAACCUACCGAUAUGAGGAAAGUAAAAAAGCGGAGAAAGAAAUUGUCCAAAAAGAAAAAGCCAUGAGUAUUCAGUCUGAAAACAAGAACAGCCCAGUGACUGAGGCAAAGGAAGCCAAGUGUCUGGAGAAUACAUCACAAACAGAAACAAAUAAAACUCUACAGGUCGACCAACAGCCUGAGAAUGUGCGGAGAUCCUCUGUCAAACAAAGAAUCCAGUCCUUCGAGAACAAAGUCAGUCCUUCACCGGAGAGGUCCAGAAUCAGUCAAGAAACGGUUACUGUUCAUCAAAACCCUCCGAACACAGAAAGUUACAUUACUUUAGCUCAGAAUGAUGCAACUUUAUCAGCUACUAAAACCCCAUCCAAGACCCCUGUGAAAAUCUCCCUUCAGAACUUAACACCAUCCAUUACCCUUUCAAUGGAUUUUCCACCACCUCCUUCACCGCCUGCUGAAACUGUUGAGCUUUCAAACAAUGAAUACUGUGAGAUGGAUGAGUCCUCGCCGGCAAGCAGCCCAUUAUACAGGAUGUCAUCAGUGAGCAGUCAAAUGUCCGAUAAUCAUCCCCAAUCUGCUAGCCCGUCAUCUGAAAAAGCAGCAUCUCCUACUGAUCUGACGAUGGAAAGGGCAACACCAGUUCGGACUUGCAUUCCCCCUUCAGUGGGAGAAGCACCUUUACCAAGGAGUCCAUCGAUCAAAAGAGCUCCUUUGGUCAGUAAUUUAUCUUUUGGUAGGACGAUGGCGCUCAGAAAGGCUUCCAUGGAUAAAUAUGCUUUAUCUAGUGACCCUACACCAGAGACAACAGGCAACAACAUAAUGCGAAAUGACAUCCAUCCAACAAGCACCCAACUACAGAGUGAAAUCUCACAGGAACAGAUGCAGCUAUCAAACAGCAUGGUAGACUCUAAAAGUAGUCAUUCUUAUUAUACUUCUGCAUCUCCUAACAGUUUAACAUCUGAAGACAGAGUGCAGUCACCAAGUGUUCUAUCAGGUGAUCAGCACAUUAAGGAGACAAAUACAUCCCAAACAGAGAUUCCAUCUCCUAAAACACCUGCAAGAAAAGUGCAACUUAUAAGUAGUCCAUCUCCAGAGAGAAAAUCCCCAACAAAGACACUUUCUCCUGAAGUGUCUCACAAAUCUCCAAAAUUGCCAUCGAUAAAAAACCAUCACUCUGAAAAAACCACAUCACCAAACACAGGGAAACAAAGACAUGCUAGCCCCUCCACUGAGAAGAAGCUUCAACACCAAAAGCCUAAAUUGCAAAAGACACUGUCUCCAUAUUCCCAAUCUUUGGACUUGGUGUCACCACCCAUCAGGCGCAAGUCUAGUAAAAAGUUGCUCUCCAGAAACCACUCCUCAGAAGAUGCAUCCGAUUCAUCGCAUGGGGCACCUAAGAAAACAUCAUCCUUGAGAAAAAAUUCUCCAACAACCGCAACAGAAACAGACAAGAGUCUAUCCUCUAACACAAACAAAUCAGUCGAAGUUAAUCAGAGUGAUGAUAGUAUGGGGUACAAGACGGACGACCUCACGUCAGGUCAAGAGAAUUCAAUGGCAGAAACUGGAACAAUAGCCCAACCACUAAACAUCUCAAAUCAGCCAGAUAUCAAGUCAGUGCUUGAAGAUAUUUGCUACUCAAUAAAGUCAAUCAGACUCAUCACACAGAACAAACGUCCCUCAUGUCUGGAAAGGUCCAACAGUCUGCCUGACUUCUCCUCUCAUGUGGCCUCUACAUUUGGCUCCUCAUCUAAAGCUCUCCUUGCUUUCUUGGCUGUCAUGACCCUAAAGGAAGGCUUAACCAACCAAAAUGUGGACGAGCUGAAUGCAAACAAUGUCAGCUGUGCCGAGGCUUUAAAAAUGAUCGAUUCACUCAAGGAGAUCGCCAGCAUAGAGGAUUCUCACAAGUUAAAAGACCGUUUGUCAAAGUUACAGCAGUCAGCUUCAAAGCAGCUUCUGCAGAGUUGGAAAGGCUUUCAAGAACUGGGUGACAAAUGCAAGAGUCGCAGCUCUACACCCGACGAUUCAGAGCAUGAAUUCUGUCCCGCAAAAGAUGGUAGCAUUGAUGAAAAUGUUGACGAGAUUAUGGGUAAUCUUGAUGUGCCUGAAAAACUCAAGGAAGAACUGGCCUCCCUUUCAGCAGAUUUCAAGAUCAACGAUAGUGAAAAGAUUUGUGCAAAGAUUACUGAAAAAGUGGAACCAGCACCCAAUGGUGAUUUUUAUACCAAGCUAACCCAUUCCUCUACAGAGGGCGCCGUUCCUGUCAAGGAAGUAUCUCAAGAUGUGAAAGCGAAUGUCAAUGUGGGCUCUAUCAUUAAACAAUUCUCCAACAUUGAGACGACCAAAACAAUUCAUGUAGAAGAGAAAGUGAAGCGCAAACCACCUGUGCAGCCAAACCAAGACAAGAACAGCCAUCAUAGACAGAACAAUGUGACUGUAAGUCCACCUCCUGAACCAGAAGUAAGGCCGCUGUACAGUACAGAUUUACUCAGGGAAGAGAAGAUAGAGGAUGUGAAGUUAUGUGGUCAGAACGAGGAGGAACAGCAGCACAACAGCAGAGAAUCAAGUGAAAAUGAAGCAAACAUGAAUGUAAUCAGCAGAGAUGAAAAUGUUGAGCAAGAUACUUGUGCUCCUGAGGUAAAGGUUCAAGACAUGGUCAAUAAUCAUGUGCAGAUGCAAAGCAAGGUGCAAGGAGAGGAGAGCAUCAGUGUCCCUGGACAUGAGCCUACUCGUGUUAAUGAAUCAGCUUCAGAACAGGAAGAAGGGCAGAACAUGUUAAGUGCCAAUACAAACUCAGGAGGGAGCAGUGAUGGAGGUAGUUCAUGCUCAGACGCAGACGAUGGACACGGUUUAGACGAGGAAGCAGCAGCUGAAUGUGAGGAGAGGAGGGAAAGUGAGGACUUGUCCAAACCUGAGAGUCACUCUGAGGAUGAGGAGGAUCAACAACUAAGAUCCACCACUGAAGAUACUUUGUCUAACUCUGUGAGUCCCUCUAACUUAGAGAAGGAGCAGCACAGUAUGGCAGGUUAUAUGGGACUGAGAGUCAGUGUUGAUGAAAGCAUGCACAACUCAGAUGAGGAUGAGGCAUAUUCAGAGGGCGAGCAACAGGAGGCUGAAUGUGAGGACGUAAAGGAGGAUGAUGAUGAUGAUGAGGAAGGGCAGGAAAGCAUGGUGGAGGAAGAAUAUGCUGAUGAUUUUCUAGAUGACAGGGAACAAACAGAAGUAGGUAAAUCUUUGAAGGAUUUGGUGGAAGAAGCAGAGGACAAGAUAAGUUUGAAAGAUGAGGACUAUCUUGUUGAUGAGGGACAGAUUUGUGAGAAGACGAGAAGUCUGAGUACAAUAGAUGAUCUAGGCAAUUCAUAUAACAUGACAGACAAUGGAAGUUUGGUAAAACCUGACAGUUUAGAGAAGCGUGAUACAUUCAGAGCAGAUGAGGAUAGCGGGAACGAUCACAGCAACUGUGACGAACACACACAGAUUCAGAAAACAAGUCAAAAAGACGAACAAAUGAACAAUUCAAAUGAAGAAUUAAGUUAUUUUGGAAAAGCUUCUGACUCAGAGGAGGAUCAUAAAGUCACAGACAUUCAACUAGAAGAAACUGGAGAAAUGAAAUGCCAACAGGCUGUGGAAAAACCUCAGCACCAAUCUGAACAGAUAAUAUCCCAAACAGUAGCAGAGAGAGUCAUUCUUCUGGAAAAACAAGUUUCUGAUAACCACAAGAAAAAUAACACAGCAGAAAAUUCUCCUAAAAGGAGUUUCUCACAGAGAAAUAUUCCUCUCGAGGUGGAUUUUGAGAAGACUCAGUCAGAAACCGGCAGUCGAUCAGCUCCCCAGUCAUCAUUAUCUUUCAGCUAUGAUUCAAGUAGUGUUAUAACCACAGAGCCUGAAGGCAACAGGGUCCGAUCUAUUAGGGAGAUGUUCCUUGCAAAGGGUGCCACAGAUACUCCGCAAGGAGACAAACCUCUCCCUAGCCCAAACUCAUCAGGGCCGGCUGAGUUCAGAGCGCAGACCUCGACCAGCGCUGGGUAUGAGUCUCAGACUUCCAGUGAGCCGUCGAGUGGUGAAGAUGACUCCCCUCGGAAAUCAAUCAGUAAAGGCUUUGUAAGAAGAACAAUCGAAAGACUUUAUGGGAUGAGAAAUGCUAAUUAUGAUGAGCAAACAGAUGAGAGGCCCCCAUCUGUUCCCAAAGAGAAGAAGAAAGAGAAUUCAAGCUUUUUUUCUCCUUUCCACGUCACUCAAACAAAAGCAAUGCCUGAGUUGUCUUACUUUAAUUCCACUAGUGCUCUGGAAAACUUAACCGAGGCAACACGAUGCAUGGCUUUUAAUGCAAAAGUCAUGCCUGGACACAGUGUUCCUGUUAGUAGUGAACAACUGCUCUUCAGUGAGAACACACAUAUCAGAAAGUCUGUUUCAGACCCUGUUGGAAUCAAUAAAUCCUUCACCGACUCCCCUCAAGGCGAAGGAUUGUAUAAGGAUACAGAGAAGAACGCGUCAUUUCCACUCAGCAGCAAAAAGUCUGAACUGGAAGACAGGGCGCAGUCAUUCACGAGGAAGUGUACCUACUUCUCUCUGCCUCAUGGUAGUGACUCAGAUGCGUGUCAGGAUGAGCUGAGCAUAGUUAGCAAAGGAAGCGCAAAUGGUGAUAACAUCAUGGAUUUAAAGGACAACUCAGAGGACACCCAAACACCAGCAGAGAAGAACGGCACCCUGCCUGGCAUCAGCGUCACCGACUUUAAGAAGAUGGAUAACAAAGUGCACCCGCUGGUAGAGCUUCCCCAAGAUGGUGGUGUUGUUGUUGUUCAGCCCGGGAAAGGUCAAGGUGUUAUGAAUAGAAGGCUUCAGGAUCCAGACAUGCUGGACAUGCUGUAUGACUUUUGUGGUCAGAACUGUCCGAUCCUGUAA